GAGGCGGGGCCCCCCAUCAGAGUUAAGUGCCUCCAGGCCUAGCGCCGUGUAUUGCCCUUCUGCCAUGGAUCGAGACCGAGCUUCCGCUCGCUUGCGCGUCUUGCUGCGACACCUCAGUUGCCGCUCGGCGGGGACCGUUAUAGCUCGCCACACUUCGGGGGUUGGUUCUCUUGCCAGUUUCCAUCCUCAACAAUUCCAGUAUACUCGGGAGAAUAAUGUUCUAAGCCUAGAACAGAGAAAAUUCUAUGAAGAAAAUGGAUUUCUUGUCAUUAAAAAUUUGGUGUCUGAUGCUGAUAUUCAACGCUUUAGGAAUGAGUUUGAAAGAAUCUGCAGAGAGGAGGUGAAACCAUUUGGAUUGUCGGUGAUGAGAGAUGUCACCAUCCCAAAAUCAGAAUAUGUGCCAAGCGAGAAAGUGGUUUCCAAGGUCCAGGAUUUCCAAGAAGAUGAGGAACUCUUCAGAUACUGCACCCUCCCUGAGAUUCUGAAGUAUGUGGAGUGCUUCACCGGACCCAAUAUUAUGGCCAUGCAUACGAUGCUGAUAAACAAACCUCCAGAUUCUGGCAAGAAGACGUCCCGUCAUCCCUUGCACCAGGAUCUGCACUAUUUCCCGUUCAGGCCCAGCAAUAGCAUCGUUUGUGCCUGGACAGCCAUGGAGGACAUUGACCGGAACAACGGCUGUCUGGUUGUGCUGCCGGGGACACACAAAGGCCCCUUGAAACCCCAUGAUUAUCCCCAGUGGGAGGGAGGAGUCAACAUCAUGUUCCACGGGAUCCAGGACUAUGACAAAAACAACGGCCGGGUGCACUUGGUGAUGGAGAAGGGAGACACCGUUUUCUUUCACCCUUUGCUCAUCCAUGGAUCUGGUCGGAACAAAACUCAAGGAUUCCGGAAGGCAAUUUCCUGCCAUUUCGCGGAUGCCAACUGUCACUACAUAGAUGUGGAGGGCACCAGUCAAGAGAACAUUGAAAAGGAAGUUGUCAGCGUGGCCAAGAAAAAGUAUGGAUUUAAAGAAAUCACUCUGAAGGAUGUUUGGACAUUUCGAGGGCGUGUCGUGAAAGGACAAAGAAUCAACCUUUGAAAUAGCCCUUCGCUCAAACUCUUGUCAAGAAAACCAAGGUGCAACAAGAUGUCAGAGGAAAAUCUUUUCUCAAUGAGAUGAUCUAAUCGCUUCUAAUCCAUGUUAACAAAAUCCAAGUGCACGGAUGCAGUUCUUAAUUGCAUAUGGGUAAUAAUGCAGUAUGGUGGGAUGCCUUUAAUGGAUAUAAGAUAGUAAAAGUGAAAUAUUACUGUUUUAAGGAAAACUUGGGGUUGCAACUAACAAAGGUGAUGCAUAUAAAGAAGUGUGUUAAAUCAGUUUCUUUCAUUCAGUUAACUCUUUACCCAAGCAAGGUUUAAUGCUCUGAAACAGAGAACCCACCACCUCCCAA